AUGGAGAGCCCCAAUCGAACCGUCGUUCAGCACUUUAUCUUCUCUGCUUUCCCUUAUUCCUGGGAAAAGUCUAUCGUCUGCUUUGUUUUAUUGUUCUUCAUCUACACUUUUAUUGUUGCUGGUAACCUGGUCAUCAUCACGGUGGUGCUGCUUAAUAGUCACCUCCACACUCCCAUGUACUUCUUUAUUUGUGUCCUUUCUUUCCUAGAGAUUUGGUAUACCACAGCCACCAUCCCAAAGAUGCUUUCCAGCCUGCUGAGUGAAAGGAAGAGCAUUUCCUUAAAUGGCUGUCUCCUGCAGAUGUAUUUCUUCCAUUCCGCAGGCAUCAGUGAGGUGUGUCUCUUGACAGCUAUGGCCUUUGACCACUACUUGGCCAUCUGCAGCCCUCUCCAUUAUCACACUAUCAUGACCCUCAAGCUAUGUGCUAAACUCACUCUAAGUUGCUGUGUUUGUGGCUUUAUCACACCUCUCCCUGAGAUUGCCUGGAUCUCCACACUGCCUUUUUGUGGCUCCAAUCACCUAGAGCAUAUCUUCUGUGAUUUCCUUCCAGUGCUGCGCUUGGCCUGCACAGACACACGAGCCAUCAUCAUGAUUCAGGUAGUAGAUAUUGUCCAUGCAGUGGAGAUUAUUACAGCUGUGACGCUCAUUUUCAUGUCCUACGUUGGCAUUGUGGCUGUGAUUCUACGUAUUCGUUCAGCCGAAGGCCGCCACAAAGCAUUUUCCACAUGUGUUUCCCACCUCACUGUCUUUUUGCUUUUCUUUGGUAGUGUGGCCCUCAUGUACCUACGCUUCUCUGCUACUUACUCCUUGUUCUGGGAUACAGCUAUUGCUCUGGCCUUUGCAGUUUUGUCCCCCUUCUUCAACCCCAUUAUCUACAGCCUGAGGAAUAAAGAGAUCAAAGAAGCUAUAAAAAAGCACAUGCAUCAAGGUCAGCUUUUUUUUUUCCCCCUUAAGACUAGGGAUUUGAAAUAA